AUGUUGAAAACUUUCCAACUAGUAAGACGCUUUUGCAAACCAAUGUCGCCUCUCCAGGAGUUUGACGUGAAGCCUAGGCUUCCUGCGGUACUAGAAAGGCGUAGACCGGCUCAGAGCCCUGAGACCGAUUAUUCCACAUUAUCCAACUACCAAAGCUUCAAAGUUGAGCACUCUAAGCUGGACUGGAAGGUAUCUUUUGAUAUAAAGACCAUCAGCGGUGAGGUGCAGUAUGACUUGCGCAGCUUGAAACAAGAGAGCCAGAUUUGCUUGGACACAUCGUUUCUAGAAGUACAUGAGGUGUUGAUCAAUGGAAUUGCCACGGCGUUUCAACUGGAUACCAGAAAAGAACCACUGGGAAGCCGCUUGGUCGUGGCAUCAAGUCAGCCGCUGCCAGAAAGCUUCAAAUUGACAUGUAAAUUCUCCACAACAGAGCGUUGUACCGCUUUGCAAUGGUUAGGGGAACAUCAAACUUCAGGGAAACCCUAUGUUUUCUCGCAAUUAGAGGCCAUCCACGCGCGCUCGCUGUUUCCAUGUUUUGAUACUCCAUCGGUUAAGUCGACCUACACUGCAAGCAUCACAUCUCCUCUGCCCACGGUGUUUUCGGGAAUUGCUCAGUCAAGUACGGAGGUUGGAACGUACCAUUUUAAGCAGGAUAUCCCAAUACCCACAUACCUGAUUGGUAUAGCUUCGGGUGACUUGAAGUCCGCAGAUGUGGGUCCACGUUCAAAGGUUUACUCGGAACCAUUCAGACUGGACGCCUCGCAGUGGGAGUUCAAUGGUGAUGUGGAGAAAUUCAUUGAAACCGCGGAGAACCUGAUAUUCGCUUACGAAUGGGGCACAUACGACAUCCUGAUCAACCCAAGCUCGUAUCCCUACGGUGGCAUGGAGUCUCCUAACAUGACUUUUGCUACACCAACGCUGAUUGCACACGACAAGAGUAACGUGGAUGUUAUUGCCCACGAACUGGCCCAUUCAUGGUCCGGUAACCUGGUUACCAACUGUUCAUGGGAUCAUUUCUGGUUGAAUGAGGGCUGGACUGUGUAUCUAGAGAGGAGAAUAAUGGGUGCCAUUCACGGAGAGGCAACCAGACAUUUCAGUGCUUUGAAUGGCUGGAACGACCUCGAAAACACUAUCAAAGCCAUGAAAGACCCAAACCGGUUCUCCACGCUAGUUCAGAACCUGAAGGACGGCACGGAUCCCGAUGAUGCAUUCUCCACAGUGCCCUACGAAAAGGGUUCGACUUUUUUGAUGUACCUCGAAAAUUUGUUAGGGGGCAAGGAGGAAUUCGACCCUUUCAUCAAACACUACUUCCGUAAGUUUGCCCGCCAAUCUCUGGACACUUGGCAAUUCUUGGACACUGUUUUCGAGUUUUUCUCCGACAAAAGAGAGCUUCUCGACACAGUGGAUUGGGAAAAAUGGCUUUUCACCCCAGGCAUGCCUCCUAGGCUUUCUCUGAUUACUACCCUUGCUGACGACGUCUACAAGCUGGCCGAAAAAUGGAUGGUCAAUGCACGCACCCUACAUAACGAGACAGAUUUUGCAAAGGUUUUCUUACCUGAUGAUGUGGCCAAAUUCAGCUCUAACCAAAUGAUUCUGCUGCUUGAUUCACUUGUGCAAGGAACUCCAGCCACAUCCCAACAGGGCAAAACUGGCUCGCUGAUUGACUGGUCCAAGUACCCCGUUGCGGCUCACGCAUUGCUCUCUUUCUACCAUUCCAAGACUGUCCAAUCCCAAAAUGCCGAAGUCGUCUUCCGCGUCUUCCGCUUUCAGAUCAGUGCUAAGAUCCCCGAAUCAUACCCAAAGCUCUCCGAGUGGCUGGGAACAGUGGGCAGAAUGAAAUUUGUCCGUCCAGGCUACCGUCUUCUAAAUUCUGUCGACAGAAGUCUUGCGCUUGCUACUUUCGAAAAGUACAAAAACAUCUACCAUCCUAUCUGUAAGUCUCUGGUUAAGCAGGACCUAGAGCUGUAG